AUGUCUAUCUCACGUUCUCUUGUCGUGGAAACUCGAGGCCGUAUGGUUCUGCGAAAUCUCACCCUCCCUGAAAUGCCAAAUGACUAUAUCUUGGUGAAGACCAAAGCCGGGAUUUACCUAAGAAAGUGUGUCCCAGUGGCCUUGAAUCCCACUGAUUGGAAACAUGUUUAUUUUGUGGACUGUACUGGCUGUAUUGUCGGUUGCGACUACGCUGGAGUCGUAGAGAGCGUUGGCUCCCAGGUCCAGAAAUCCUGGAAAAGGGGAGAUCGGGUCGCCGGCUUUACUCAUGGGUGUAAUCCCAUGCAGCGCGAGGGCGGUGCCUUUGCGGAAUACGUGAUCGCCAAAGGGGAUAUACAGUUCCGGAUUCCCGACUCCAUGUCCUUUGAAGCUGCUUGUACGCUGGGAGUGGGGCUCAUCACUGUUGGGCAGAACCUAUACAAAUCUUUGCAGUUACCCCUUCCCGGUCAAAAGGAAGACACUGUCCCCGGUCAAGAAAGCGAACCACUAGGUGCGAUCUUUAUCAAUGGUGGGGCUACAGCUACUGGAUCACUUGCUAUCCAAUUUGCGAAGCUUUCUGGGCUCCAGGUCAUUACGACGUGCUCCGAGGCCAAUCGAUCAUUCGUCUGCGGCCGAGGUGCAGAGAUCAUUCUGGACUACAAUGAUGCCCAGGCAGGCGAUCAGAUUCGUGAAACCACCGAUGACGCUCUUGAAAUGGUUUUGGUAACGAUCUCCACGCCACAAUCUGCCAGCCUUUGUGCCGCCGCGAUCUCCUCUGCUGGGGGCAGUUACAAUGUGCUCUUGGAUGUCCGAUGCCCGCGCUCAGAUGUCGACACUGAGGUUUCAAUGGCAUAUGAGAUGGUUGGUGAGCCAUAUCGGAUGGGCAGCAAGGACUUCAAAGGAGAGCCAGAAAGUCUGAGUUACGCUGCUUCCUGGAUUGAUGCUAUUGAACCUUUUUUGGAUGUUCAAAUUCGCCCCCACCCCUAUCAGUUGCAGUCCGGUGGUCUUGAAGGGAUCCCUGCAGGCCUGCAACUACUUCGAGAUGGGAAAGUCCGAGCACGAAAGUUGGUGUAUCUUGUUGACGAGGUUAACUGA